AAAAAGACGACCUUCUUAUCUCAAGUCCACAGAGCCAAGAGAUCAAGGUUCUACGCUCUACAAACAAUUACAGUAAUAAUGGCUAGAAUAAAGAAGAAGGGAACUUCUGGCCAGGCCAAGAACUUCAUCACCAGAACGCAGGCUGUCCGAAAGCUUCAGAUCAGUCUCCCGGAUUUUCGCAAACUCUGCAUCUGGAAGGGAAUCUACCCCCGCGAGCCGCGCAACAAGAAGAAGGCCUCGAGCACCUCGCACGCAGCGACCACCUUUUACUACACCAAGGACAUCCAGUACCUGCUCCACGAGCCGCUCCUCCAGAAGUUCCGCGACCAGAAGGCUCUCGAGAAGAAGAUUGCAAGGGCCCUCGGCAGAGGCGACGCACACAAUGCUUCCAGACUUGAGCGCAAUGCGUCCAGGCCUGAGAAGACUGGCCGGGCCAAGUACACCCUGGACCAUGUCAUCAGAGAGCGCUACCCCACAUUCAUCGACGCCUUGAGAGAUUUGGACGACUGCUUGUCCAUGCUCUUCCUCUUUGCCAACCUCCCAUCCACGGACUCCGUCCCAGCCAAGAUGAUUGCGAGAUGCGAGAAGUUGGUUCUCGAGUUCGAGCACUACCUGAUUGUGUCGCACAGCCUGCGCAAGUCGUUCCUGUCUAUCAAGGGCAUCUACUACCAGGCCACCAUUCAAGGACAGGAUAUCCUCUGGUUGGUGCCAUACAAGUUCAACCAGCGUGUCACUGGAGAUGUCGAUUUCAGGAUAAUGGGAACCUUUGUGGAGUUCUACCAAACCCUUCUCGGAUUCGUCAACUACAGGCUCUACACCUCAUUAGGCCUCGCCUACCCCCCCAAGUUCGACAAGGAGAGCGACGACCAAGGUGCUGAGCUCGGUGCUUUCACCCUGGAAGGAAACUCAGUUGGACCGAUUGAGCAGCCCAAGUUCGGCCUGACCAGCGAGGAGCAAAGAAAUGCGAAGCCCGACGCCAAGCUCCAAGUCGAGAUCGACAAACUGAUGGCCCAGCUGAACGUCCCAGAGGAGAAGGCCAAGGAAUUGGCCUCCAAGGCCGACGCCGACAUGGAAGACGCCGAUGGAGCAACCGACGCGCUUGACAAGUUCGUCCCCGUCGCACCAGGCGGAGACAUCCUCCCGCAGCCUUCCUACUCCUCCACCGACCCCUCCACCCUCUUCUCCAACUACACCUUCUUCCUCUCCCGCGAGACGCCCCGCCAACCCCUCGAGUUCAUCCUGCGCGCAUUCGGAUGCAAGCGCAUCGGGUGGGACGCCGUCCUCGGCGCCGGCGCAUUCACGCACAACGAGCUCGACCCGUCCAUCACGCACCAGGUCGUCGACAGGCCGCCGCGCCAGGUCGAGGACGAGGAUAACCAGUCCGCGCAGACGCUCGUCAAGGGCUCGAGGGUCCCGGGCCGCAUCUACGUCCAGCCGCAGUGGGUGUGGGAUAGCAUUAACGAGGAGGAGCUCAAGCGCGCGGAUCUGUACGCACCGGGUGCACAGCUGCCGCCGCAUUUGAGUCCGUUCGUCAAGAAGGUCCGUGGAGCGUAUGAUCCAAGUGCACCGCUUGAUGAGCAGGAGCGUGAGAAUGAGGAGUUGGAGGCUGAUACCGAUGAUGAGGAGGAUGAAGAGGAUGAGGAGGAGGAGGCCGAGGAGCUUACUGCUGCUGAGGUGGCGAAUAUUGAUAUCGAUGCUUCGGCUGCGGGUAUGGAGGUUGCUGGCUCUGAUGAGGAGGAUGACGAGGAGGAGGUUGCCAAGGACGCUACGUUCGGCGGCUUCUCUGACGCCGAGGAGGACCAGGAGUCUGAGGAUGAGGCUACGACUGCAGCUGUACAGAGGCAGAAGGAGCUCGAGGCCGAGAUGACCGGCGUGCCGCUGAAGGAGACCAAGGUCGACCCGCGGACAAAGGCCAAGGCCGACGCGCGGAAGAAGCUGUCCAAGGCGAGGGAAGAGGAGGACGAGGAGCUGGAGCGCGGCAAGAUGAUGCUGAGUCGACGCAAGCGCAAGAUCCUGGAGAAGAUGGUGUAUAGUAACAAGGAGAAGGAGAAGGAGGCGGAGGGACUGCGCGCGAAGAGACGGAAGAUCGAGAAGUCCGGGAAGGGAGGUGUUAGAGAGUAGAGGGGGGUAGCUUUUUACGGGGUGUCACUUUUCGGGCGGCGUUGUGGAAAAAUGGGACAUGUUUGCGUAGCAUUUGUUCGGAGAUUUUACGGCUUCAUGGCCUCUGUAGCUUAAAGUUGCAGUAAAAUGUCCUUAUUCGCAG